CCAAACAUAAAAAGAUACCAAAUUAGUUAUAGAAAUCCCGAUCAUCAAAAAUGUAUUGCAAUGGGUUGAUAAAAUACUUUCUAAAACUUUCGAUCGGUAAAAACAAGCGACGUAGCUAAUUGUACUUGAUAUAUACAAUAAUUGUUGAGGAAAAUUUUCAUAAAGAAUACCGAUUAGUAACUACAGAUGGCAACUUAUAAAUAUCAUGAUCAAUUAUAUAGUCUUAACACUCUUCACUUAAUGUAAGCGCCCCACAAGUAUAUGGAAUUUUGACAAAAGCUUUAUCAAAAGAUCGUCAAUCCAUCGCUAAUGAGUUACAAAAAAAAAAAACUUUCGUCAAAAUACUGGCCACUAUCAUCUCAGUUAAAAUAUGCUCGAUUUCAGUUAAUUCUCCAUGCCACAAAAUAUCCACAAGACAAAAUAUGCGGAAAUAAUAAUUCCACUUUUUUUGAUCCUGAGGUGAUUAGCCACCCCAUGUGGGCGUUAAGGAUUAAUUGUAGAACGACUCGAAUCUACUGCCACAACUAGAAGGCAAAUCGACACAGAUAUUAGUCGUCAAGUUGAUUGCAAAAUAAUUUAGGAGCAAAAAAUGCUUCAAAUUGAGCGCACGCUGGUGUCGAUUAAUGUGCACGCUAAGCUUUUGCAGUUAUGUUUACGUCAAAUUCUCGCAGAUUUAAUCCAACUUGCCGUCUAUGGGGCUAUCAUAGUACCUUUGUUUAUGAUUAUAGGUAGAUUAGAUACCUCGCCUGAUAGCCACAUUGACUUCAAGUUAUCAGAGAGUUACGACUAAAAUUUUAUGUUAAGUUCACUGCAAAGAGAUGAUGUGCAAAUACUUGCCACCAGCUCUCAAAACUAUUUGGAAAAUUGAAAGUAACUCUAUUUUUAGCUUCUUUUGUAUAAAUCUCAGACAACUCUUUUUAUGAAUUUGUAACGGGGUAAAUUGAGUUACAUUAUCGAUCAACAUCGUGAUUUUUCACCGAUGGUUACUUACCCUACCUGUAACGCCAAAAGAGUAUUCAAAUAAAUUUUUGAUUUGUCGCCGGGCGCGCUAAUUGAAAAUACUCACACGCUAGACCCAAUCAUAAUUAAGUAGAGGAGCUUUCCGAUGACACCUGAAGACAAUCGAGUGAAAUUGAUAAAACUGUAAGACAUCAGUAGAGAUGAGACAGAGCCGGGAGGACCGGGUAACUAUCUACACGAAGGACUGCUGAGUUUCGAACAUCAGGUAAUUAAUUUAGUCACACUUGGCUUUUCCUGGUGGAACCAAGCAAUAUUUUUUACCCAUCUGACAGUCGAAUACCAAGCAAGAAGCCGGUAUUCUUAAUCAACUAUUACUGAUUGCGUCUGAAUAGCAGGUUGAAGAAGAGUUCGAGUAUUUUGACAAAGACGAGUAAAACUGAGAACUUGAUACGAGAACGAAGUUAAUCAAAAGAAAAGAACUCGAGACGACCCGGUUACACGAGAUAUACAUGGUCUAGAACCUACUACAUGGAUUAGAGAGAACAAGACAUGGACCAGGACAACUCAUACAGGACAAGCGGCGUAAAUCAAAAUCAACGUAAAUCGUGAUAGGUAUUUCGUAAAAUAUUCAAGGUAGAAAGACCAAAAUAUUUAUUAAUUAAAAUACGUAAAUAAACGUCAUGUCCGCAGAGUAUUGUCAUGUCAAUUAUCAUGUAAUAAAUGAAUCAAAAACCGGACUCAACUAAAUUAGUUUCGUUAUAUCCAGGCAGGGAGGUCGGAUUUACCACGCAAUAAAAAUUUCCAGGCAGGUCAUGUAAACCACGCGCCGGAAAAAUUCUUCCAGAACUUUCCAGGCAGUUAGUGGAAGCCACGUGACGGAAAUCUUCAUGCGAACCUAGUCUCAAAUAUGUAAUUUUCGUAUAAAGCGACAAGCAUUAUAUCACUGACUCGAUUUGCACCAUAAAAACAGGAGUUUCUUUCCAUAUAAAAAUCAAUCUCUUUCAACAUCGUUUCUCUCUUAUUCGAUUUUCGACCUCUUUGUUGAAGUCCAUAAUUGUUUUGUCUAGUUUGCAAACACCAUCUUCGUUACUUCUAUUAUCUAAUAAUUAUUAUGCUUGAACUUAGUCUACAGAAUUAUUAUUUCAGAUCAACAUUGAGACCAUCAUGAUCGGUAUUUCUAUAAUUAUGUUUCCAUUUAGAUGUCAAUUCAAGUAAGCAGUUGUGAUAUCAAGUUGGUAAAUAUGGAGAUUAUAAACCAUGAAAAUGACCAUCAGCUAUCUAAUUGAAUUCAGACGUGCCACUGGCGCGAGCUCUCACCACUUUUUCUCUUCUCAAAUCAUUGUCUUGUGUAAAGAGAUCACUGCUAUUUCUGUUAAUAUAUGAUCUUCUAGAUCCUCCAAUCUAUAUUUUGCUUAACCCUCCACUUUUUUAAUCAUUGUUACGUGAGUUCAGAAUAUUUGCUCAUCAAUAUUUUGCUGAAUUUCAGACAUUAUUGGUUUAUAGUUAUUUAUAAUCUUUCUUAUGCUUACUCACUGCGGAAUUUCGCACUUUCUUUUGACUCGUAUCAUUCAGGAAAACUAUUCUAAGAUUAGGUUCAUACACUGCAAUAUUACUGUUUAAGUAACUGCCUUAGUUGCUUGAUAUUUUCCAUUCGUUCUUCAAGCUCCUUUCUUCUUGCGUAUGCACUAUCUCUAAUGAUAGACUUUAGUAACUUUUGCUUUCUGUUCACAUAACUUUAUGCAUCUUUUUUCACUAACAUUUCCUGUGCUUUGUGCUUUUUAAGUAUUAUAGUUGUCUUUGUUGAAUUCAAUUAAUUUAACGACUAUUAAUUUUAUUUUUGAUUUUUCCAUUAAUUUACUCUUUCAUGAAGAAUUAAAAGAAGUUGUUCACACUAACCUCUAUCUUCAAUCAAUGUGAAGCUCUCGGUUCAUAACCUAUUAUUAGAACACGCGAAUCAAUAACAAAAAAUAUCAUAUCAAAUAGUAACUUUGCAUAUAUCUGUAUUAAAUAUCGAAAAUAAUGCAGAUAGCUUGAAAUUUACGUCGGUAAUCUUCCUUAUACUGAAAAAAAUGAAUAUUCGUCACGAAUAAAUCAAUUUAUUUGUACCUUUUUGUAAAUAUUCUUUAAUGACAAAUUAAUAUAUUUGGCACAAAUAAAAAUAACAGUUGAUUAAAAUAAUUUUAUAACUUGACUGAAAAAUUCAAUUUAUGGGUGGUAAGUAAAUUAUGUAUUUGUGGCAAAGAUAUUAAAUUUGUGCCAAAUAACGGAAUAUUUGGAGAUACUUAAGCACAUAGCCCAACUAACAUUUAUUUGCAGCAAUCGGAUCGUUUCUUUAUCCCAAAUGAAUCACUUAUUUCACGUAAUUAAAUGUGUUCAAUUGUAUCAUAUCUUUCUCACAAUCAAGUAUUUAUUUAGUCAUAUCCAAAUAUACGAUAUCUUUGGUUCAAAUAAAUCUUAGUCAGUUCAAAUAAAUCUUUUUUUCACUGUACGCAUUAAGCAUACUUUCACUUAAGGAAUUAUAUUAAAAAAUUAUACUUCAGUAAUAAUAAUAAUAGUAACAAAAAAUGUUGAAAAAAAGAGAAAUAUCAAUAAGACAUCAAGUGAUGUUGUUUAUUAUUGUUUGAAAUAAAAAAAAAAUUUUUUUUAAUGUGUAAUCAAUUGUCAAUAGGUCGUUUGUGUUUAUCUUUAUGAAAGAUAGGAGAUAUCAAAAAAUUAAAAAAUAUAAAACUACGAACUUAUUGCUAAAAAAUCACCUCUUACCGACAUGAUUAUUAUGUGCAUUAAAGAAAGUGGUGUUGUGCCCGUAGCGCUGUGCCAUUGCCGUUUGAAAUCUUCCCGGCAGUGAUAAUGUAUAUCAAUAAUCGUUCUUUUUUCGCAACGAAGACGCGAAAAUUUCCAUCUUAUUUGUUACAGAUUACUUACAUGUAAUAAAUUUGAAUAUAAUAAUAAAUAAUAAUAGCAACUAUAACAAAAAAAAUAAUAAUAAAGUGUGCCGGCUUCAGCUCCUUAGGCUGGGUUCGAGCACGAUUGCACUAGCCCGUUCUUAUACAAUGGACAAAAUUAAUAAUUCAGGGCGAAAAUCUCGAGACUAAACUUCUAGGGAGAGUGUGAACGCAAAGCAAAAUGACAAUCGCUAAAGUAUAAUAAAUUGAAAUAAUAAAUAAUUAGCACCAAGAAAUAUAUAAGAAAUAAAUAAAUGAAGGCAGGUUAUCACUUGAUUGCCUUACCAGUAUUAUUAACUUCAAUAUAAUUUAAAAAUACCAAUAACUAUUUCAAGAAAUAAUCAUAAUAUUAAAUAUUAAAUUCUAUAAAAUAAUACGUAAAAAAAUUUUCACCGUACCUGAGCCAAAAGUUUUAAAUCCUGCCUUGUUUAGAGGGAAGAAAGUAAUUCUUUCCUUUUAUGAGAAAACAAAUGAUAAAAAUUAGCACAUGCGCCAUUCUUUCCACAAACAGAGACAAAAAUUGAAACUUUCAUGUGCAGAUUCAGCGAAAAGUUGUAUACACACCACGGAUAAAAGUGAGACAUUGUGACGGGGUAACCUGGUGUUCGACUGCCAGGUCAGCAAAAAUUUAAUUUCGCGCCUUUUUUGAAUUUGCGAACCCGCCCUUGAGUCAGUUCAAUUUUAAUUUGGCGACGUGACGGUAGGGUGUAGAUCAGGCGCACCUCGUCACCAGGCACCUCGAGUUAACUAAUUACAACCGGCCAGCCAAAUCGAGCCGUUGCUCAAAGACAACUCAGUCUUUUCCAUUUCGUGUCAGGCAGAUGCCUUAAAAUUUUUGUCAAAGUUUUAUUCGUCACAGAUAUUUCUGAAGUCCAGUUUACGAGUCUAGGAGAAUCUACAUUAUGGUUCAACACUUGGGACAAAUCGACGGACUCAAACCUUAAAAGGAUAUCCGAUGUUUCAACAGCAUGUUUCCUCUUCAGACAAAGAAAUGGCUGAGGAGUCACCUAGUAGGCCAAGAGAUAUUCGAGAACGUAUGCCUUUGAGAUCUAGAGAAAAUCAUCAUCCUACAAAAAAUCCGCGACACAUCAGAAAUAGAGAGGAGCUCAGUAAUCGGGAGCUCCGAAACAGAACUGAUAGAGAACGAGAAAGAGAAAUCCGAAAAACUACCGACAAAGAAAUUGAUGAAAUAGAUCUUCGUCAGCUCAAAGAUCGAUCGGAUAGAAAAUCUAAUGAGAAAGAAACAAAAUAUAAAAGCGGAAAUCGAAGUAAAAUAGUAGUGCCAGCAAGUAAUGAAAAAGAUUCUGAGCCACAAAAGUCAGACAGCCCUGCCAGAUCGAGAGAAGGACCGAUAACGAGAUUAUGUGGCAUGUUGGAAAAAGAUGAAGCGAUUAAAGUUUUGUCAACCAAUAUCAAUGAAGAUAGCUCUCACGAAAGUGAUAAACAAGUAGAAAAUGGAAAUUCUGAAAAUGAAAUCGGUUAUGAAGAUAUGUAUACUCGAAUUAAAAGAACUAGAAGAGCAUCCCAACGUCAAUUAGAACGUAAUAAAAAGUUAUCAGAGGAUAGUGAUUUGAGUGAGUCAUCCGAUUCACCUGGCCCUCGAAAGUACAGCCUUCGUAAAAAGAAACCAACUGUAGAUAGAUUUCAAGCAACUGUAGAGCCAGUUAGACGUUCAAUACGAGCACUUAGAACCGUUCUAAGUAACUCAAUGAGACGGCGUAAGCAUAGAAGCAAAAGUUCUAGCUCAAACGAUUCUAGUGAUUCUGAACCACAACGAUAUGAUAAAAAGAAGUGUAAGAAAGUGAGACAAAAUGCUUUACCGCAAGGCGGUCCAACGGAUAAAAAAGCUGAUAUAAAUCCUAUUACGUUAGAUACGAAUAUUCGAUUUAGUGACGUUGGUGGUUUAGAAUCCCACAUUCAUUGUCUUAAAGAGAUGGUUGUAUUUCCUAUGAUGUAUUCGGAUGUCUUCGAUCGGUUUCAUAUUACACCACCCAAAGGAGUUCUUUUCUACGGACCACCAGGCACUGGAAAAACUCUUAUCGCUCGAGCUUUAGCUAAUGAAUUCAGUCAACAAGGAAACAGAAAAGUUACUUUUUUUAUGCGAAAAGGUGCAGAUUGUUUAUCUAAGUGGGUAGGAGAGUCAGAAAGACAACUUCGACUUCUUUUUGAACAGGCUCAACAGAUGAAACCAUCUAUUAUUUUUUUUGAUGAAAUUGAUGGCCUUGCUCCAGUUAGAAGUACUAAACAAGAUCAAAUUCAUGCAAGCAUUGUCUCGACUUUGCUUGCUCUCAUGGAUGGUCUAAAUGAUCGAGGUGAAGUUAUCGUCAUAGGCGCGACAAAUCGGAUCGACGCAAUCGACCCUGCUUUAAGAAGGCCUGGAAGAUUUGAUCGAGAAUUAUUUUUUCCUCUUCCUGCAAUGAAAGAACGAUUAGAGAUUUUGAAAAUUCAUGUCAGCAAAUGGAAAAAUCCACCUUCUGAUAUACUUCUAGAACUAUUAGCGGAAAUGACAACCGGCUAUUGUGGAUCAGAUUUACGUGCUCUCUGUACAGAAGCAGUAUUACAAGGACUGAGAAGAACAUAUCCUCAGAUUUAUUUGACUAGCAAUCGUUUACUCUUGGAUCCACAACGAGUUGAAGUAAAAAAGCAAGAUUUUAUCGAAGCUGCUUCGAUUCUUGUACCAUCUACUCAUAGAAUUGCUCCCACCGUCAGCAGAAAAUUACCGUCAUUUCUUAUUCCUCUUCUGGGUGAGGCUCUUGAAGACUUAAUUAAUGCAGUUAAAGUAAUUUUUCCCCAAGGAAUUAAUUCUACGCUUGCAAAAGUAAAAGUUGCCAAAUGUUUAAAUCAUCCAAGAAUGUUAGUCACGUGUGACAGUAUGUCAUAUGGUCAAAGUCCAAAGUUAACUCAAGCUCUGCUUUAUCAAAUGGAGCAUGUUUUUGUUCAGCCGUUGGACGUUAGUACACUUUUUGCAGAAAGUGCAAGAACACCAGAAGAAAUAUGCGUUCAAGUAUUUAAUGAAGCCUCGAGAAAGAUACCAUCAAUAAUUUAUAUUCGCUCGAUCGAUCAGUGGUGGCAAUUAUUACCAGAAACUGUUAAAGCAGUUUUCAUGUGUCGAAUUACUACUCUUGACCCAUGUCUUCCGGUUCUUAUUCUCGCAACAAGUGAUGUACCGUAUUCCGAUCUAGUUCCACAGUUAAAAAACCUUUUUAGUCGAUCUCGCGGAGAAGUUUAUACAAUUAAAAAUCCUUCUGUUGAACAGAGAUUGGAAUUUUUUAAAUCAUUAUUUAUGGAAAAAUGCUUUCAACCACCGAUUAUAAUUGAUGAUAAAGUUGAAAAACUUGAAGAACUGCCUAUAGCACUUGAACCAAUACCAAAGAAGUUGACUGAAGAUGAAAAAAGAAUGUUGUAUGAGAAAGAAGAAGUUUCCUUACGAGAAUUAAGAAUCUUCCUCAGAGAAAUUUGUGCUAAGUUAGCUCGAAAUAGACAAUUUUUCAUGUUCACGAAACCAGUUGAUAUAGAAGAGGUGCCAGAUUAUAAUGCAAUCAUAAAACAACCAAUGGAUUUAGAGACUAUGAUGACCAAAAUCGAUAUGCAUUGCUAUUUAUGCGCUCGUGAUUUUCUCGAUGACAUCGAUCUCAUUUGCAAAAAUGCACUUGAGUAUAAUCCUGAUAGAGAUCCAGCUGAUAAACUUAUACGUCAUCGGGCUUGUUCAUUACGUGAUCAUGCAUAUGCUCUUAUAAAAGCUGAGUUAGAUUCUGAUUUCGAAGAUAAAUGUAGAGAAAUAUCAAAAAAUCGAACUCUGACAAAAAAAGCGAUUAAUGAGUAUGUAAAAAAUGAAAGUUUAAAUAUUGAUGAAAAAAAUGAUAAAAAAGACAAUAUUUUGAGCCCAAGUGGAUCAGUAGUAAUUAAUGGUCGAAAAGUCAGCUCCAGAAAGAGGAAAAUUCCUGCAUGGGCUCGUGGUUAUGUUAAAAAAGUUACGAAAAAAAAGAAAAUUAUGUUGGAUGAUAACAUAGUGGAAUUGAAUGAGAAACCUAGUCCAGCUUCAUCCAACAAUGGGAUUCGAAACGUUGAUUUAGAAAAAUUCCAAGAGUUCGUAGCGAAUAGAGUACUGAUUGGUGAUGCUACUCUGUAUGAUAAUACAGAAUCGGAAAAUGAUUCCAUAAAUGAAACUCCAAAAGAAGUGAAAAAUAGUAUUAACUGUGAAAUCAUUAAUGAACGAUCAUCAAUCGAUACCGACGUACCUUCGGUAAAUGAACAAAUAUCAAUGGAAAAUGGCGAGCCAAAUGUAGUUUUUCCGCGUGAAAAAUUAGAAAAUCUACCUGAAACGGUCGACUGUGAUCAUGAACAAACCAAACUAGAAGAAACGAUUGUUGUAGUUAUUGAUAAAACAAAAAUUGAAAAUAUGUGGAAAUAUACCGUGGAAGUUACGAGUAAGCUUUCUAUAGAAGAGCUUUGUGACAUUUACGUACAAUUUAGUAGAUGUGUUAGUUCGUAUGAUCACACAUAUGAUCGAAAAUCACUGCCAAAGGAUUUGCUCAGAAAUUUACAACGGUUUAAAAAUAUUUCAAACAAAACAGCUGAACCUACAAUAGAUGCUGAUAUUUAAAGUCUGCCACUUUCUAAACACUGUAUUUAUUUCCGUAUUUUAUAAAUAAAAUAUUGAAUGUUCGA